AUGGAGGAUAAUAUUGGGAUCGAAAUUAAUGCCUUAAACAACUAUAGUUUCAUGGCAUUGGAUACAUUGGCACAAAUUGUUGGAAGGGAUAUAAAGGAUGUCGAAAUUGGAGAUCUUCUUCGAGGUGCGGGAGCUUUAAGAGCCAAAGAUGAGGCUCAAGUGCAUUCUGGCCAACUGAAACGGCCUCCUCAAACACAGGCAAAGAGGAAGACUGGAGAUGAAAAAGAUUGGCUAAAAGAUAAAACCAGUGCAGUACUUGUUGCAGUAUCAUUGAUGGCAACUUUAGCCUUUCAAGCUGGAUUAUCUCCACCAGGUGGUGUUUGGCAGGAUGAUAGCUACUCAACCUCCAACAAUAUUGUAAAUGCUGCUGCUACUGAUCGGUUAGUGCACUAUGUACGAAGGUCUAUAUUAGCUCAGACAAACCCAACCUUUUACCUCAUCUACAUGGUAGCAAACACACUGGUGUUCACAGGGUCACUGGCCACAAUGGCUCUACUCGCAACUGAUAUUCAUCGGAAGCAAAAAUUUUACCUUUAUUUGCUUGUGAGUAAUAUGUUCAUUGUAAGCAUGGCAGCGGGGAUUGUUUAUACAAUAUCUGUGGUAUGUAACUCGAGUAUUCGAAAAAAUAGAGGAUUGAGGCUUAUUGAUGAACAGAUAGAAGAGCAACUUGAAGAGGACAUUGAUCAAGAUAGAAAACAACAAGCCACUUUGUUGUUGAGUGAAAAUCAUCCUUUGUAUCGCUUCUAUUUGUGCUUGUCUUAUUAA